AUGUCGGACCCCAAGGAAAAGUUCUUUCGCCAUUUCCAGGCAGAGAUCACCACAAUUCAGGACCAACUUGACGUCCUGGCAACAACCUCGCCCAUCGGUGGUGAGCGAAAAGACUGCACAGAUGCCAUCCUUGCUGGGAUCUCUCGCCUCAACAACGAAGUUGCGGAUGCCUCGGAGUACGUGCCGUCUUAUGACCAGCGAGCAUACGCCCAGGCAAUCAAGGGCCUCACGGAGAAACUCAACGAGGUCACCAGCAAAUUCGCACCCAAGUCCCGGUUCCAGUUCAAGCCGAGGACCGCAAAGACCGCUCCGGCCGCAAUCGACUCGAGGACCCCUGCACAAGCUGUCGCAAAAGUAGCCGACUCCUUGGAAGCCACAAAUAUCGCCGACAAUGGUUCGGCAGCAGUCGAUGGCGAAGAGGCAGACUCUGUCGGGCAUAUGCCCGUUUUCAAGAACUACAACGAGGAAUUGUCCCGGCCCGCUCCCGAUGGCGGCCGUGGUGGAAACAAUGUCCGCAAACCCAGCUUCUCAGCGGCCAAGAACAUCGCGAUCAACGGACACACCGGUCUGCACAUUAUCCUCCCCGCCACGGCAUCUCGCGCGACUUCGUCGGGCAGCUUGACCGAUCUCGACCGGUGCAUCGUCGACAUGACCGCGCCCACUAGCACUGGCGCGCCGUUUGCCGGACUCGCGCUCAAGGGCAUCAAGAACAGCCUGAUUGUGGCCGGCCAUGUUGCCGGCCCGGUGCACAUCACUGCUCUCAAGGACACUGUCGUGGUGGUGGCGGCGAGACAGGUGCGGAUCCACGAGUGCAAGAAUGUCGACGUCUAUCUGCACUGCGCCAGCCAUCCCAUCAUCGAGGACUGCAGCAACAUGCGGUUCGCGCCGAUUCCCGAGUUCUACAUGCUCAAGUCGGAUCAAGAGGCGCCUACGAACCAAUGGGACCAGGUCGAUGACUUCAAGUGGCUCAAGGCCGAGGCGUCGCCAAACUGGAGCAUCUUACCCGAGGACCAGCGGCUUCCUGACGACGUCUGGAAGAAUACGGUCUGCGGCAACCCAAGCCUCAGCACCGAUGAUAUCCUGCGCAAGGUAGGAGCGCUGAAGCCCAAGGAACACUAA